GGCGUUCCAGAGUCAGACAGCAAAACUUACAGAGCGGAGAAAUCCUUCAGUCUGGAGAGGAGAGAUCAGCGUCACUCAUUUUUAUUAUCUGAGACAAACAUGAAGUUUGCUGUCCAUCUCAUCGUUCUUCUGGCCUGCGUCUUCCUCUGCACGUCGGGAAAUCCUAUUACGAAAUGCCGUUGUAUAAGGACGGUCCCAGCAGUGAGGCGCCGUCUCAUCGUUGAUGUAAAGGUGUAUGAACCGAAUCCGAUUUGCAGCAAGCAAGAAGUGAUGGCCAUCGUGAAAGACAACAAUCAGCUCUGUCUUGAUCCAGAGUCAGAUUUCACCAAAAGACUCCUGAGGGAGUUUUUCCCGCAGAGGACAGCAUCUACAGAGAAACACUCAGCAAAAACAACAACAACAAAAACAACAACAACGAAAACAACAACAACAACAACUGCAGCCACUACAAAAUCAGCAGCAACAUCCACUUCUGUCAGACGGCAGUGACACUGAAGCUGCUAUUCCGUCUGUUUGCGUUGGUUUGAUUUUAUUCAAGUCUACAAACAUUUGCACCAGCAGCUAAAACUAAAAUAUUUAUUUCAGGCAACGACAGGCUUGUUAAUCAGCAAACUGUGACCUUCCAAAAUAUCUGUCAGUUUGUACUUUAAUGUUUAAUCAGUGAAAGUUAAUGCCGUGUCCAAGAAAAGCUUUGCUUUAUUCCCUUUGGGAAGACGUUUUUUUUUUUUCAUAAUUUUGUUUAAUUCAAAUACGUGUGUGUAUUUUUAUCUCUUAUUGCACUGUACAUAAAAACCACAUGCUGUUGAUGGUUACAUUACAAUAAAUACAAACGCA